AUGUUGACCAGGCUGGUGCUGUUAUCGGUGGUGGCGGUGAAUUUCGUCUGCGAUUCGGUAAGUUCCGUGGAGUCCAACCGGAGAUCGAUAAUUCCGUCCGGAAAUCCCAGCAUCAGCAGCGAUGGCACUCAUUCCGUUAGAACACGUGCCAGUUCGUCUUCGCCGGCGGGUCAACGGUCACCACUGAUCGAGAUAAUGUUGCGCAUUUUGGACACCAUUCAAGUGGUUCCGAAAAAGAGGCCAAGGAGAGCCAUCGGGCAGAAACGGCACGGCAAAGUGGCGACGACGCUGACGUCACCGGAACAGUCCGAAUUAGACAAGGCCCCACUGUUCAGCGGUAGCGGCAUCAGCAACACCAACAACAACAAACCUCUGAUGGAAUCAUCCCUGGAGCAGACCAUCGUAGACGCCGAUCAACACCUAUCCGAGGAGGAUUACCAAAAGAUCAUCAUCAACCAACCCAACGAUCAAAACGAUUCCUACUCCAUCGAACAGGACAUCCCGGAUUACCCUUCCACCGAAGAUUCGUACGAAACCGUCCGCGAAGAAGCCGACGAGAAGAUCUACGACCUGCUGCUGAAAAUCCUGCAAAUCCUAGACGAUCAGGCCCACCGAGAUGCGGAGCGAGUCCGGAGGUUGGGAACCUUGCGCGUCCUAGAUGACCACAUCUCCAACGAACAUCCCACCGACGAUGAUGAUGAUGGUGACCUCGGCGAUGAAAUUGAGAGUGACUGAUGCAGUUUGCUGCGCGAAAAGCAAAGUGAGGCACCGACAUUCAAGUUCAAUUUACUUAAGGAUCCAUUACGGUUUGUUGGCGUAUACAGUUCGGUCAAGGGGAAUCCCGAUGCGUUUUGUUCACAAAAGCUUGAUAAAGAACUGUUUCACAGCUCAUGUAUUUACAAUGGUGAUAAUAAAAGUUAAAAUAAG